CCGCGCUCUAGAGACAGCUGUGCACUCCCGGGCCGGUCUAUACUUAAUUUGAACGCAGCCGUGCGCCCCGGGCCUGCAAGAUGAGGCCCGCGCUCGCCUUCUGCCUCCUCUGCCAAGCGUUCUGGGUCCGGCCUGGGCGUGGAGAGCAUCCAACGGCCGAUCGCGCGGGCUGCUGGGCCUCGGGGGCCUGCUACAGCCUGCACCACGCUACCAUCAAGCGGUCGGCUGCCGAGGAGGCCUGCAGCCUGCGCGGCGGGUCGCUGAGCACGGUGCACGGGGGCGCGGAGCUGCGGGCGGUGCUCGCGCUACUGCGGGCCGGGCCCGGGCCGGGGGGAGGCUCCAAAGACCUCACGUUCUGGGUCGCUCUGGAGCGCGGGCGUUCCCAGUGCACCGUGGAGAACGAGCCUUUGCGAGGUUUCUCCUGGCAGCCCCUCGACGCCGCCGGCCAGUCCGAAAGCGACAGUCAGCCCACGCUGCCGUGGGUGGAGGAGCCCCAGCUCUCCUGCACGGCGCGAAGGUGCGCGGGCCUGCAGGCCACCGCGGGCGUGGAGCCCGCGGGCUGGAAGGAGAUGCGGUGUCACCUUCGCGCCAAUGGCUACCUGUGCAAGUACCAGUUCGAGGAUCUGUGCCCUGCGCCGCGUCUCGGGGCAGCCUCGAACUUGAGUUUCCGAGCUCCUUUCCGACUGAGCAGCCCCGCGCUGGACUUCAGUCCUCUGGGGACCGAGGUGAGUGCGACGUGCCCCGGGGGUCUCUACGUCUCAACCACCUGCAUAAAGGAAGAGGCCCGCGCGCAAUGGGACGGGCUGUCCUUAGGGGCGGUGCUAUGUCCCUGCCCCGGGAGGUACCUUCGUGCUGGCAAAUGCGCCCAGUUCACCGACUGCCUGGAUGACCUGGGAGGAUUUGUCUGCGAAUGUACUGCAGGCUUUGAGCUGGGGAAGGACGGACGCUCUUGCGUGACCCAAGGGGAAGGACAGCCGUUCCCUGAGGGGACCAAAGUGUCCACCGGACUCAUGCCGGCCAUUACAGCCAGCCCUGUGCCAAAGAGAACAUUGUCACCAGGGGAAUAUGAGAAGCCAGGAGAGAUGCCCCAUGUCACCACUGGACAAGGCAGUUCUGCCACAUCUGCUUCCGAGAUUCUGCAGUGGGGAACACAGAGCACGAUCUCUAUCCUUCAACUGUCACCUCAAACUAAGCCUAAAGCCAGCGUCACUCCCCCAGGAAGCGAGCCCCCCAUGUUGAAUGCCACAGCUAACUCUACUGUUUCCCAGACUUUCGACUCAUCCACGGUGGUCUUCGUACUUGUGAGCAUAGCAGUGGUCGUGCUGGUGAUCUUGACCAUGACAGUGCUGGGGCUUUUCAAACUGUGCUUUCACAGGAGCUCUGCCCCCAGGCCAGGAAAGGGGCCUUUGGCCUCCCGCGGUGUGGAAAGUGAGGCUGAGGCUACAGCUUUGCGCUCCAGUUGUGCACAUCGCAGGGGCAAUGGCAUAAAGACCAGAGAGUAGUAUGUGGGGCCGAGCAGUAGGUGUCUUGCUGCCUGGGUCCUCUCUAGGCUCAGGAGACACCUAAGUAAACAGCACAUGGCCACACCUUGCUCACUUUUAAAAUUCCAAUGAAAAGGAAAGAGAUCUGUAGAAAUGAGGAUUCCUUACAGAUGUUAUGUUUCUAUACAUUCCCUUGACACCACCAGGGAGCUGGAUUUGAACAGCACACAUCCUUGGAGGUGCAAGAGGUGGAAGUGCCUGGGGCUGGUGCUGGGGGGCAGGGUCAUGGUGGGAGAGGCGUUUUCCUGUGCUCUGGGGAUUUUAGAGACUUGUCUUCCAGACAUUGGAAGAAAAUAGAAAAAAAUAUAUAUAUAGUUUUUGGAAAGUUUAUUUUUACCAAAAUGAAAAAUAAAUUUCUAUGUUGUUCAUUCAGGUCAGGAAUAUAUUGGUUUAAAAUCCUCAGACAAAAAAUAAAGGAUUGUUGUUAACCCAGA